ACUAAGGAGAAAAAAAUUACAUAACUAGAAAGGUUAUACAAUCUUUGAAGGUGUGUGACUAUAAUUGACUCCUGUAUUUAAAUAAUGGAUUCUGAUGUGGCUAAAAGAUGUUUAGGAAGGAAAACAGGACAUGAAAUUGGCUGCGAUGAUGGAGGACUGAGGGGGAAAGUGAACGGCAAGAGAAUGUGCGAACGGAGGUCAGGAUGGGCCUGGCUCAUGACUUACUUUGUGUCGACUGAGAAGCAGUCGCGUGCUUUUGCCUUAUGGAGCUCCAUUCCGUGGUUUAUUGGUUGGGCGACCUUGACAGUCAUGGGCCCAGUCGUGGCUGUCAAGAUGGCAUACAGAUUGCUUUAUGGAAUUCUUGCACGUGCAUUUUUCAGUGACAAAGCCCUCUGUGGAAAGGUUGUAUUGGUGACCGGGGCAAGUUCUGGUCUUGGUGAGGCCCUUGCCCAUGCACUGUACAAGAGAGGUGCCAGGCUCAUUUUGGCUUCUCGGAACACAGAGAAAUUGAACGAACUGAAGGAAACCCUCUUGGCAACGUACAAGCCUCCGGAGCUCCACGUCCCCACGGUGGUCAAGCUAGACCUGGAGGACCUCAACAGCAUCCCCACCGAGGACCUCAAGAGCCAUCCCCUGUCCAACACGGAAGUUAGCGUUGACAUCAAACUGAUGGUGGUGAACUAUUUUGGACAAGUGGCUCUGACCAAAGCUAUCCUUCCUAGCAUGUUGGCCAGGAAGGCUGGGCACAUCUUGGCCAUCAGCAGCGUCCAGGGCAAACUGGCCAUUCCUUACAGGUCAUGUUACACAGCCUCCAAACAUGCAGUACAAGGCUUCUUUGACUCUCUCCGGGCUGAGGUGGCUGACAAAAAUGUCCGAGUGUCAGUUAUCAGCCCGGGAUAUAUAUCUACCAACCUGUCUGUAAAUGCAGUGACUGGGGACGGCUCUUCCUAUGGAGCCAUGGAUAGCACCACAGCAAAUGGUAUGAGCCCAGAGUAUGUGGCAGAGCAGAUUGUUGGGUGCAUCAUCAGUGGCUAUGAAGAGCUUCUCCUGGCCCCCUUCUCACACCGGCUCGCUAUCAUGCUGCGCACCUUCACCCCCUCAAUCAUUGCAAACAUCAUGAAGAGAAGAGCUGCUAAGGAGAAGGAUUUAUAUGUGUACAAAGAAGACUAGUGUAUAUGGGCUGUUCCUUUCUAUUUUUCUAUUGGUUAUUUCCUUUUUUUCUACUCACGGAGUCUGACUUUGAAAUAUUUUUAAUACUUUCUCUUUUUUAACCAAAGCCCUCAAGGCAGUGUUGAGUUGAAUACUAAUGUUAUGAUGAUAUAUCAUUAUUUCUUUUCAUAUAUGACUUGUGUUUUUAUAUGCACUUAAGAAAACACUAUAUUGGUUUGUGAUUUUGUGAGUAUAUUUUGAUUAAUAUUGGUUUUGAAUAGCGAAAGGAAUGUUUAAGCUUAUUUAAGAGUUAUUGCAUGAUAAAGCAGUUAUACAUCUUGUAAUUCAAAAUAUUAUUAUUAUUUAGAUGUCGGAUGGAAUUCAGGGUGCCUAAUCAUGUUUAUACAAAAGCCUUCAUCUUAUUCAGUAGUGAGAUAUUAGUGUAUUUUCUAAAGGUGAGUUUUGAAGCUAUGAUAGUGCAGAAUGUUAUGCAACAUUUGACUUCUGUGACUAAGCACAAGCUUUCUUAGGAAGUAAAGGGUUAUGAUUAUCAAGGGUUGCUUUGAGGUAGUUUUAAGGAAAGCGAAUCAAGUUGUUGUUCUUUCCUUUUUUUGUUCAUUUUUAUUUAUUUAUUUUACUUUUACACUUGCUUUUGUUUCUUUAUACAUUCUCCAAAGAACUAGUCCUCUAUAAAAUAAAUAUCCAGUAAUGUCUUCUGUAGAACAUUAUUUUUUUUUUAUCUUUUCUCUUUAGGUGUAAGGUAGCAUCAGUGGUGCUAAUUGAAUUAACCAAUAAGGUGACAAUGUUGUUUACACCAAUGGCAAGAAAGCAACAGUAUUUCAAAGGUUUCUAAAGGAUACGCAGUGUUGCGUAUCUGAUGGUGUCCAGUGAAGUCAAAUGUUGGUUAUUUUAACGGUAUAAGUCAAAUGUUGGUUAAGGGUGUGCUUUGAGAGGCUGUUACCUAGUCACAGUGAGUGAAAACUGUACGGAAUGUUAGAUUUGGCAGUAAAACAGAAUGUAUUAGAAGUGAAUAUUGAUUAUUCAUGAUUUUUCAAAUUAUUUUACCAAUGUUUUUCCACAGAACCAAAAAAUUGCCUUGGUAAAAUGUGAUUUUUUUUUUUAUGUAUAGACUAUAUAUAUAAAUUUAUAUUAUUUUUCAAAUGCUUCUUUUAAUAUAGCUAUUAACAGAAUCCAGUUUUUAUAUUGGAUAAGAAAGGUUGGAUUGGUUGUAUAAUGAGUCAUUGUAUGCUUUCAGCGGCUUUUAUCAAAUAAUGCAAGAAUGAAAGUGUUUCACAAGAUUA